AAUAGUUUUAUUCAUGCUUUCCGGUUCAAAUUCACAGCAAACCAAUGGCAUCUUUAAUAUUCAGAAGGUCAUCUCUGAUUUCCUCUCAGGUUGUGAAAAAUUGUAAAUCACGUCAAAUAUUAGGCGUUGCACAAACAGAUGCCAAUACAAGAUCAAUCAGUUCAUUAGUUGCUAGGACGAGAGAAGCUUGUCAUCAAAGACAACAUGUGCAGAUUUCAUCACAUUUAUUGCAGAGAAAAGCUACAAAACACUGUUCCAACUGUUCCUGUGGAGUUCAUAGUAAAGCAGAAGUUGAACAAGGAGACCUUGAAUUUUCAAAGUUUUUGGAGGAGGAAAUAAGACAAGAAAAAGAAAGAACAGUUCCUUUAGUAAAUACAGUAAAAGAUUGGGAUGUACAGAAGGAUGAUGCUGAAGUAACAUUGUCUAAAUCUAUAGAAAAUGAACAAAUACGACUUCACUUUAACAUAAACAAUAUGGUUGAUGUGUCACCACCAGAAUCUAAAGGAGAAUAUGAAGAGGGAAAUCAAAGCAAUAAUGCCGACAUGGUUAUGGCAAAACCAUUAUUCACAGUUGAAAUCCAGAAAGCCAGUGGAAAAAUACUGUCCCUUGACUGUUCAUACCCAGAGUACGAAGUAGAAUAUGAACAAGAAGAUAAUGAUGAUGCGUUUUGUAUAACAAGUGUGUCGAUGUCUGGUCCACAAGGAGAAGGAGACGACAACUCUUACAGUGUGGUAGCAGAAACUAUGGAUGAAACAAUGUAUGAGAUGUUGAUGGACAUGCUACACGACCGAGGAAUCGAUGAUAAAUUCAUUGGAGAUUUGGCAGAUUACAGUACAGGCUAUGAACAGUCAAAAUAUAUUGAACUUCUUGUAGACCUUAAAACCUUUCUGGAUGAAAAGUGAAUUAGGAACAUAUUGCUUUUAUUGUAAAAAGGGAAUAAAUAUCAAGAAUGGUGAACAUUAGCCAAAUGAAAGUCAAAAUGACAAAAACAGGGAGAAUGUUUUUAGAUCUAAUAUGUUACUAUGUAGUCAUCUGUUAUUGUAUUUUUGACUUUGUUGCAUUGAAAUCACAGCAGAUAUAAAGUUUUUAAAAGUUUGAAAA